GCUGUGGCGACGGAGCUCACAGCUGCCGCUUCUGAGGAGUAAGCGCCGCGGCAGCGAAGGCCGCCGAGCCCGCCUGGCUAGCCGGGGAGUUGAGUGGCGAGAUGAUUCUGAGGAUGACUACGGUGAAUUUCUGGAUCUUGGGCCUCCUGGAGUCUCUGAAUUCACUAAGCCAAGUGUCCAAACAGAUAGAGAACCCAAUCCUGGACCGAGUCGUAACCAAGCAGCAAAUGACAUUGUCAGCCCCAGAUCAGAGCAGAAAGUAGUCAUCUUGGAAGAAGGUAGCCUUCUUUACACAGAAAGCGAUACUUUGGAAACUCAGAACCAGUCAUCCGAAGACUCAGAAACAGAGCUGUUAUCAAAUCUGGGAGAGUCAUCUGCUCUGGCAGAUGAUCAGGCCAUCGAAGAAGACUGCUGGCUAGAUCAUCCUUACUUCCAGUCUCUGAACCAACAGCCCCGUGAGAUAACAAACCAGGUUGUUCCUCAGAAACGGCAGCCUGAAGCAGAGUUGGCCCGCUUGUUGUUUCAACAUGAAUUCCCCGGGCCAGCUUUUCCAAGGCCAGAACCCCAGCAAGGUGGGAUUUCAGGCCCCUCUUCUCCUCAGCCUGCCCAUCCUCUAGGAGAGUUUGAAGACCAACAGUUAGCAAUUGAUGAUGAAGAGGCAGGUCCAGCCUUUCCAAUGCAAGAAUCUCAAGAGCCGAAUUUGGAAAACAUCUGGGGCCAAGAGGCUACAGAGGUAGAUCAAGAACUUGUUGCACUAUUAGUGAAGGAAACGGAAGCAAGAUUUCCAGAUGUAGCAAAUGGGUUUAUUGAGGAGAUAAUUCAUUUGAAGAAUUAUUAUGAUCUGAACGUACUUUGUAAUUUUCUUCUGGAAAAUCCAGAUUAUCCAAAGAGAGAAGAUAGAAUCAUUAUAAAUCCCAGUAGCAGUCUGCUGGCCAGCCAAGAUGAGACAAAGUUGCCUAAAAUAGACUUUUUUGACUAUUCUAAGUUGACUCCUCUAGACCAGCGCUGCUUCAUCCAAGCUGCUGACCUCCUCAUGGCCGACUUCAAAAUGCUCAGUAGUCAGGACAUUAAGUGGGCCCUGCACGAGCUUAAAGGACACUAUGCCAUCACCCGAAAGGCCUUUUCCGAUGCCAUUAAAAAAUGGCAGGAGCUAUCACCAGAAACCAGUGGAAAAAGGAAGAAGAGAAAAGAAAUGAAUCAGUAUUCUUACAUCGAUUUCAAGUUUGAACAAGGUGACAUAAAAAUAGAAAAGAGGAUGUUCUUUCUGGAAAAUAAGCGGCGACAUUGUAGGUCCUAUGACCGGCGUGCUCUUCUUCCAGCUGUGCAACAAGAGCAGGAGUUCUAUGAGCAGAAAAUCAAAGAGAUGGCAGAGCAUGAAGACUUUUUGCUUGCCCUGCAGAUGAAUGAAGAACAGUAUCAAAAGGACGGCCAGCUAAUUGAGUGCCGCUGCUGCUAUGGGGAAUUUCCAUUUGAGGAGCUGACUCAGUGUGCAGAUGCUCACUUGUUCUGCAAAGAGUGUCUCAUCAGAUAUGCCCAAGAGGCAGUCUUUGGAUCUGGAAAGUCGGAGCUCAGCUGCAUGGAAGGCAGCUGCACGUGUUCGUUCCCAACCAGUGAGCUGGAGAAGGUGCUCCCCCAGACCAUCCUAUAUAAGUACUAUGAGCGAAAAGCUGAGGAGGAGGUUGCAGCAGCCUACGCUGAUGAGCUUGUCAGGUGCCCCUCCUGUAGCUUUCCUGCUCUGUUGGACAGUGAUGUGAAGAGGUUCAGCUGUCCAAAUCCUCGCUGCCGAAAGGAAACCUGUAGGAAGUGUCAGGGACUCUGGAAAGAACAUAAUGGCCUCACCUGUGAAGAGCUGGCUGAAAAAGAUGACAUCAAGUACCGUACCUCUAUUGAAGAAAAAAUGACUGCUGCCCGCAUUAGAAAAUGCCACAAGUGUGGGACUGGCCUCAUCAAAUCUGAAGGCUGCAACCGCAUGUCUUGCCGCUGUGGUGCCCAGAUGUGCUACCUCUGUCGAGUUUCUAUCAAUGGAUAUGACCAUUUCUGCCAGCACCCCCGCUCUCCAGGAGCCCCUUGCCAGGAGUGUUCAAGAUGCUCUCUCUGGACUGACCCCACUGAAGAUGAUGAGAAGCUUAUUGAGGAAAUCCAGAAGGAAGCUGAAGAAGAACAGAAAAGAAAGAAUGGAGAGAACACCUUCAAACGAAUCGGACCUCCACUGGAGAAGCCCAUGGAGAAGGUACAGAGGGUGGAGGUCCUCCCGAGGCCUGUCCCACAGAACCUGCCGCAGCCACAGAUGCCACCCUAUGCCUUUGUGCACCCACCCUUCCCCCUGCCGCCCGUGCGGCCCGUGUUCAACAAUUUCCCACUCAACAUGGGACCCAUCCCAGCCCCAUACGUGCCCCCGCUGCCCAAUGUGCGGGUCAACUAUGACUUUGGUCCCGUCCACAUGCCCCUGGAACACAACCUGCCCAUGCACUUUGGCCCCCAGCCACGGCAUCGCUUCUAAUGGCCCGGAACCCCCACUGAGCAGCACAGAGCCCAUUUGGGGUGGGGGUGUGGGAUGGAGAACACUCCCCUCCCCCAAGGCUGGUGGCUGUGCCAUUGCUUCCUAAGUCAGGUUGAAGGGUAGGCUGGUUUUCUUCCCACCUUUCCUAGAAGGGCCACUGCUCCUGGAAGAGUGACCACAGCUGGUGGCCCUCUGGGGGGGCCUGCAUGGGAUAGGUCUGGCUCCCACUCGGCAGAGUCAAAAGGGCCUCGAAGCCCUUCUUUGAAGAGUUCUGCCGGUGGCCCUGGCUGCUGUGUCACUCCAGUCCCUGCAGAAAGAGACCAAGAGGAAAUAUUUUGCCUCCAUUCACUUUUUCCCCUAGCAAACACCAGGGAAAAAACCUCUCAGAAUUAAAACCACAUGAGCCUUCCUUAUAUAGCACAGACAGAUCCAUAAUAAAGAUGAAAAUGGUGGAGUUCAUAGAGAACUGUGAUGUGAACUGCCCCUCCUUUCCCCCGAGGCCACCAGGGGCGGCCCUUCUGCCUUAUCCCUUUAUCCAUGGUAUAGGCCAGGGCAGGCUGCAGUGCCCCUGCUGCUCACACCUGGGCCUCUCCUUGGAGCCAACCCCUGGGGAGUAAGGCAGCUCCAAGGAGCCAUUUCCCUGGAGGUCCUCAUAGGGGCUCCAGGUUGGGCAGAAGGAGCUGUGCCCACGGGCCUGGGAAGCAUUGCUCAGGGUGGGGGCUGGCACCAUGGCCUACAGAGGCACUGCCACAGCCAUAAGGGCCAAGAUGCUUCCCCCUAUCCAGAGCCCAUGCGCCACUACAGUGAGCAUUGAGGGUACCUCUCCUCUCUCUUCAUAUAGCCUACUCAGAUCAGGCAGCAACAAACCCAUCUUGUGCCAUGGGUUUUGUUCUAUUGCUAUCUAAGUUUCUCUUCCUCAGUCUCUGGAAAGUCAGGCUGAGAAAUCCUUACCCAAGCUAGUCCAUUGCAGCAUGCUGGAUGGUUCUGAAGCUGGCGCAUCAAAAGAUCCUCUUGGGGUAGCUGGGACAGAGACCUGGUGGUCCUGCCAGGCAGCCCAACUGCUGGGGAAGACAUUUCUGCCACCCUGGGUGAUGAGCAGCUUUUCCCCUAUGGUUUUCUGGGGGAGGAGUGGGCCUUUUUAGGGGGACAGGUGACCCUGGGUGCCACCCCUGCCUGGCAUGAGCCCCUGUGUGUUCUCAAGUGCUUAGUGAAGGCAGGUAGACGGUGCUGUCUGGUACCCCCCAUAUGAGGGCCACUUCCCUUCUCAUGCAGUCAGCUGAGCAUCAGCUCAGCCCUGCCAUGUCCCUACUCAUUCUUGCCUCCUGUCCAGCCCCGGGUUUCUAGCUGUGCCUGAGGCAUCAGUCUGGCCCAUUGGCAGAUAAGAGACCUGAAGCUUUCCUGGCCACAGGUGUCACUAUCUCCUUCUCUUCUUGGUCUACCAUAUUCUUGUGUUGCCAUGGGGUUCCGAGAGGUUUGGAGUUCACAGACCUCAGACAGGGCUGACCCCGACAGCCAUUAGGGUGGGGCUGCUUCAGCCUCUGGAGCAGCCCUCCAUCGUCCUACAGCAGGGCUGCCACACCCAAGGUCUGGAGGGCAUCAUCAUUCACUGUCAUUGGCUUCUCAGAUGUAUUUCAAGUACUAAAGUGGAUUUAAAAAGAUCUAAGAUGGCCAGGCUUGGUGGCUCAUGCCUGUAAUCCCAGCACUUUGGGAGGCCGAGGAGGGCGGAUCACCUGAGAUAGGGAGUUUGAGACCAGCCUGACCAAACAUGGUGAAACCCUGUCUCUACUAAAAAUACAAAAGUAGCCGGGCGUGGUAGCGCAUGCCUAUAAUCCCAGCUACUUAGGAGUCUGGGGCAGGAGAAUCCCUUGAACCCAGAAGGUGGAGGUUGCAGUGAGCUGAGAUCUCGCCAUUGCACUCCAGCCUGGGUGACGAGAGCGAAACUCUGUUUCAAAGAAGAUCUAAGAUACUCAUUCUUUCUGCCUUUUCCCAAGAUGGAGGCUUUGAAGACAGCUGAUCACCUGGGCAUGGGGUAAGCGUGCGCUGGGAUGCCAGACUUGGGGGGCAGCCUAAUGCUAUGUCCUUGCCGGCUCCCCUACCUGUUGGGCUACCCCAACUUUGCUACUAGCCUGAAUGACAGUGCCUUGGAAAGGCGGGCUCCACAAAGCUGCAGCAGGAUUGUCUUCAGUAUCUUAAACGUGCUCCCUGUGCUUGCCCCUGGGAGGGUCUCUGGGAGCAGAGGGAGGCUGCAGACAUCCUAGCUGAAGCGUAGGUGACCUCAGGCCCCAGGAGCUUCAGCUCCUUCUGUCCUGCACACCAGGCAUGUGGCCCCAGCAAGUGGCCCAGGCAGGACAAAGGGAGCAGGCAGCAGCUGCAGGAACAGCCCCAGACAGGUGCUGGCCCCAACCCUGGCAGGGAACAGGGAGCCCAGAGUGAUGUUUCUCCUAAGGCCAAAUCCCAGGGCAUCUCUUUUUAGAAGAGCUCCAGCUGUUUCUGGUCACACUGUGCUGGUAUUGAAGGAGUUGCUGCCUUUUUCCUUGUAGGGCCCUGAUUCCUGAGGAUUCUCCCCAAGCCAGGCACAGGGGGUUGCAGGGCUGCCAUGAGCACCCACCUUAGACCUCAGGCUCCUGCCUGCACCAAUGAUAGGGCCGGGGAGAGAAGCACUGGGGGACUUCUGAUCAGCCAGCAAGGUCCAUUCCAGUGCCCAGAGGUCAGACCACAGGCAACCCUGAGGCAGCUGGGGCACCUCCUCUCUGCCCUGCAGGGCUUGCCCCAGGGCGCAAGGCUCCCCAGCCAAAGCCCCUUCUUACUUGCCUUAAAACUGGAGAGAGGAAUCUAGUAUUUGCACUUAGCAAAAUAUUUAAAAACUGAAAAAAUUGUGCAUGAUCUGUCACUUUGUAUAAAAAUAGAAAAAUGAUUAAGUAGUUAAACCUUUUUCUUUACCUUCUGGCAGUAAAAAUAGAUAAAAUAAUUUGUUCAUACUACUGUGUGUAAAAAGCCUGUAUCAUAUGUAACUGGGACUUUUUGUAAAUAAAUGUUUGUGCACUCUG